CCUAAAACAGGAAGUAUCGUUCUACUUCUACUUGCCCCCUCGCCAAAGAGAGAAAUUCCAGUUGUCUUCUCCUAGUUCCCAACGCGCCUUUUGGACGCUAAAAAUCUCAAAUGCGAACCCUAAACCCCUGAACUCCGAUCCAACUGCCCGGCCUCCCGCUGUUUAGAGAAAUUUCCAGGAUGCUGACAGGCCGUUCGGAUCUGUUGCCAGAACUUGGUUCAUCAAAGGAUUUGCUGCUCCCAGAUCCUGUAUCAGUGCUUAGUGAGGUUGAAGAUCAGGAUUCUGAUACUUCCGAGCAGAUACUGUACACAGCCUCUUUUAAAGAACUAGCUGCAAAAAAUGUGCAGUAUGACACUAUUAUAUGGCUUUCAAUGUCUAUUUUACUUGUAUUAGCUUGGGGAAUAGGAAUCAUCAUGCUGCUGUAUUUGCCCUUCAAAAGAUAUGUGCUUCGGAAGGAUAUUUUAUCUCGUAAACUACAUAUUACUCCUAAUGAAAUAGUUUACAAGGUGUCAAGACCUUCCCAUAUACCCUUUUGGGGAGUAGUCACAAUAGAAAAGCAGGUGCCUCUGUCAAAGGUGCUCGAUAUUAUCAUUGAACAAGGCUGUUUGCAGUCGGUAUUUGGAAUUCACACCUUCAGAAUUGAAUAUAUUGCACAUGGAAAAGCAGCACCUGUAGAUGAAUUGCAGGUGCAAGGGGUUUCUAACCCUGGACAUCUGAGGAAGAUCAUUGUAACUGAAGCUUCAAAAGUCAUACAAGAUAUUGGUAGAUCCUGGAGACCUACUGCUCAAAUCAUUGAAAGCGAGAGUAUUACCCGUAUGGGUUCUUCAGCUGAGAAUCCAACAGUCUUGAGAUCACCAUCCCAAUCUUGGAAGAUUGUGGGCUCCCCGCACAAAGUUUCUGUUGAGCCAAGAGGGACACUGCCUGCAGAAAUGCUGCAUAGACUUGAAGAAGUUAACAAAUCAGUAAAGGGAUGUCAAACGGGCCAGGCCCCUAUACCAUAUGAACUGGGCUUGGCCCACCUCAUUAUAUCAGGCCAAGCUGAGCCCAGCAAUUCUGGGCUUGUGGUCCAGCUUGACCCUACUGGUCUAAGGGACUUGCAAGAACUUGUUGGGCUCAAACAAAUUUUGAUUUUUUUAAAAAUUUUAGAAAUCAUAUAAAUAUUGCAAUUUUAUUAUUUAAUUUGUCGAAGACUCAAAAAAUUACUAUUGUUAGAAUAAAUUACAAAAUUGUAUAAUGAAAAAAAUCAUAAGAAUAUGAGAUUAAUAAGUUCAAAAGUUAAAAAAAUGUAAAAAAAAUCAUAUAAAUAUCAUUAUUUGUAAUAUUGAUAUUAAUAUAACAUAAUAUAUAAAAUUAUCACUGUUUUAAAAUUUAAAUGAUCUAAUAUUAAAAUAUAUAUUUAUUACCUGUUAUAUGUCUAUACAUCUAUAAUCUUAAUAUGUAUUUUUUCUGUUUAAUAAGUCUCUUAGUCUCCCUAUUUAAAUUUCAUAGUUACACCUGUAUAACAUUUGAAAAUUUGAAGUUCAAAAUGUAAAAUAAUGUUUAAAAGUGGAGUUGGAAAGCAUUUUAAAAAUAUAUUUAUAUAACUACUAAGAAAAACAGGGUGGCCCCUUGGGCUCGACCUAUUAAGGCUCACAGGUCAGCCUGGCUCAACUUGAUUAGGCUGGCUCAUGAGCUGAGUCCCCCAGCAAAUGAGCCAGGCCUAACCCGACCCUAACCCGACUCUAUUGACUUCUCUAGUUGUAUCAGACAAUGUAAUUUUUGUCUUCCUCAUUGCAUAGCAUAAGUACCUUAGAAUUUGUAUUCAAUCAUUAGAAAUGCCAAUACACCAUUAGUUCAAAAGACAGAGUAAAGUGAACAUAUGAAGAGUAAAGGAGGAGAAAAAUCACUUCAAUUCCUAUACAACAAAUGCAAUGGUUGCUCAUUGUAUUAAACACUGCAAAACUAUCCUAGAUUUACUGGAGGCAUAAUUUAUAACUAAAUCAUGUUUCUGAAUUCUAACUAGUUAGAACCUUUUUUUUUUUUUAAUUAUCUUGCAUAAUAACUUCAAAUGACAUCUAUUGCCUUCCCGA